UGUUACGUCAUGCGACACGUCAUACGUAGUUCCGUGAUCAAUAUCAGCACAGGUGGCGGCGAUAUUUCCAGACAGACGGUUUGGCAGCCUGAAAGGUUCAUCAUGGCCACUUCUGUGCUGAUGACUUUUUUGGUUUUCAUGCUGUUUUCCACAAUAACAUACACUCAUGACAUCAGAGUUCGCCAAGCCUUACUUGCAGUUCCAAAGUCAAACAUCCCCAUACCAACAGAAAGGACAGAAGUCACUCCAGACACAACUGUGAGUGGUUACUCAGCAGAAGACUUUACAGACAGCAGCCAAACUGAAACCACACCAAGUAGUGGGGAGUUGUCUGGAAAUGCCUCUGAUUUUUGGAAUGUGGAUACGAAUGGAACAGAAGAGGGCAUAGUAGAUAAAUACAUCAAUAGCACAGGAACUGGCAACAUCACGGAGUUGGCACUGAACUCCACUGAGCUGUUUGGUAACGAUACUGUCAUUGCUUCUGAUGGGAUGGAAAACAACACGACUAACAUGACGGCUGAGAUAAACACAACAGCCAACAUCACAGACCAGCUUGAGGAAACUGCAGAUAAUUCUACAGAAGUCUCAGUAAAUUCAACAGAACUCACAGCCAACUCAACAGAGUUUCCAGCUAACUCAACAGAGUUUCCAGCUAACUCAACAGACUUCCCAACUGAUUGGACAGGGACCCUCCCUACCAUGAGCCUUGGUACAGAAACCACAGGUUCCACAGGUUAUGGCACAACAGAGAGUUCAACAGCCUCUGUGUACGAGACCACUCAGACCAUGGAGACUUCAACAUUGGAGGAGCCCACUUCCACCAGUCCCAUGUGGGAAUCCAGCACUGCUAUGACCACUCCUCAGACCUCCACAGAGGAGUUGGCUCUCUGGUCAACAACUACUAGUAAGUUCACACCCACACCAACCACUGAGUCUACAUCCACACCUGCUACUGAGUCCACACCUGUAGCUGCCACUGAGUCCACAUUAGGUGCCAUGGAGUCUACACCUGCAGGUGCCACACCUACCACAGAGUACACCUCAACAUCUAAUGAACAGCAGACGACGCCAAUGGAAGCACCAAAGACUGUCUCAGCCAAGGAAGACAACAAGACCGAAGGAGACAAGGAUGAAGGAGGUGACAAGUCAUUCGGAGAGCAGAUCAGAGAGAAACUGAAGUCUCAUGAGGCAAGGUUCAUCCUCAGCAUCAUGAUCCCGGUGGGAGCGGGCGUGGUCGGCGCUGUUGCAAUCGUGGGGUUCGUGUACGGUGUGAAGGCCUGUCGACGCAGGUUCCGCAGGAAGAGAAAGCUAAGGCCAGAGGAGACUAUGGGCAUGGACCGAGUCAUGCUACUGGCUGGCAGUUCUGAUGAAGAAUUCUGAUUGGUUAGUCACUUGCAACUUUUUGACAUCGAUUUCCUGUUGGCCACCUGCUCUGAUGAAGAAUUCUGAUUGUUUACUGCAGCCUUCCAACAUUGAUCUCCCAGAAACUUAGGCCCUUAAGUACAAGUUUGAGUUGAGGAUUCAGUGUUUUUGUUAUAGUGAAGUUUGUUUUCCUGUUUAUCAUAUCCUAGUGCCAAGUGUUCCUGAGUGUUGUAUUAUAGUUAUAAAAGCCAGGUUAGACAAUAGAUGUUUGUAUAGUAUGCCUCUCAGCCAACUUUUGUUUAGACGUGUUUGCGAGAUGUGAGUUUUGGUUGGUGGCAGCUCCAGGAUGUCACCAGUGGGCAAGAAUAGAGAUUAUUGAUCCUGCAGUGCCUUGUGUUAUGUGUGUGGUACGGCUGGUGGCUGCUGUGUGUAGUCAGCAGCUGGAACAGCCUGGGGCUGUGUUGGGCAUAGCAGCAUGGUGAGGUAAUGUGCAAGCAAGCUGGUGAGUUGGCACAAGAGGGAGGGGACACGGCUCGCUGUAUUUUUUGGGCUUGCCAGAUUGCAAGUAGUAAUAUUCUUUUCUGCAAUCUUCUGCAAUCUCAAAUCACAUUGGGUUUAAGCCUUGAUGAGGUUCUUCCAAAGUUCCAAGUAUGCCUUGUAGUUAGAGAACUGGAAAAGCUGUCAAAAGGGAACACAUGGCAAAAAAAGUUUGAUUUCUUGGAAUUACAUGGUGCUUUCUCCUCUGCAAAGCUGUAAAAGCUAAUUGAAUAGAAUGAUAAGAAGAUACUUUGUGAUAUGAACCUCUCAGCACUAAGUUAUAAUAAUUCUUCCAUGUCAAGUAAAGUGAUGGCUUCAUCAGAUUGAGGUUUUGACUGUAUAUUUUUUAAAAGGGAUGUAAAAAUUUGACAAUAAUAUCAGAUGUAUUUAAGCAACUGCUAGUAUUGGACAAAGACAGUUGUUGUGGCUAAGAUAAAAGGAAGCAAUAUUCAGAUGAGAUGAUUGUUGUAUUUAUGAGAUUCAAAACAGAAAAUUGAAAUGCUGGAGAUAAAUGUUGCCGUGAUUCUGGAGUGCAAUGUAGAUACUGUGAUGGUAUUAUAGAAUUUCGUAGGAUGAAACGGGCAUGAAAACUGUUGCAUUUCAUAGUAGUUAGUUUGAUGUGUGGUGUACAUUUCUCUUGCUUUAGUGUUUUGUUGAUGUAAUCAUGAGUUGUCAGUAACAGAAAAAAGGAUUCAAGAAUCCUGUCAAUCAAAAUUAAUGAGAUUUAGACAGUCCAUUCAAGACAUAUCAGAAUCCUUACAAGACAUAUUGACAUAUCAGAAUCCUUACAUUUCAGCUUCCUUAAAAGACAUAUCAGCUUCUGUACCACUACCAGACAAAUCUUUUUCCUUACAUUUCCUUAUGUCACAAGAAAGCUAUGAUGUUAUGUGUCAGUAGUUUGUCCUGCUGGAUUUAAGAUGCUCUGAUGAGUGAUGAAAAUGUUUCUUUCAUUGUUGAAGAUCACUCCAUGAUGUCUGCAGGCCAGAGAAAUGUAUACAGCUAUGUGGCUGUGUCGUGUUGCUUCUGUGGUGCAGAUUAUUGUGGCAAUAAAGAUGACAAGCAUGA